UUCAAUAAUCGUUAAAUGAUUUUACAUCAAAAUUUCAAACGCUCCUAACGACUCUCUCUCCCUCCUCAAUUCCUCCUACUCCACCAAAGAAAAGACUCCAUUAAAGACCAAGCUUUCUCAGAGAGAGAUGAGAACCAAGCAUCCAGCUAACAGGAAAGUCAGCAAGCCCGCUCGCCCCUCUCUUGGAUCCAGCUCACCUGCAACGACUCCGAAAAGGGCAGCUGGCACAGUGGGAAGAAGAUUAGAACAAGAUGCUCCAGAAACAUCGACAACACCAAGAUCUCAAGGAUCAGAACCGGCAAGGAAGAAGCGUCGCUACAAGCCAGGAACAAAGGCUCUCCGGGAGAUUCGACAAUACCAGAAGACUUGGACACUGCUAAUUCCUUUUGCUCCAUUCAUUAGAACGGUAAGAGAGAUCAGCAACCAAUUUGCUCCAGAAAUCACACGUUGGCAGGCCGAAGCUUUAGUUGCACUUCAGGAGGCAGCAGAAGACUUUUUGGUUCACUUAUUUGAAGAUUCGAUGCUAUGUGCAAUUCAUGCAAAGCGUGUAACUCUUAUGAAGAAGGAUUUCGAGUUGGCACGUCGACUUGGAGGGAAAGGGAGGCCUUGGUGAGAUUUACCAUAUACUUGUACCAAGUAUUGUAUCAUGAAAAAUAGGGUUCACCAAUUAAACUUGUUAGAUUCUGCUAUUCGAUUUAAUAUACCCCCGUAUGUAAUUUUGUGUAAGAGGGUAUGAUGCAAGAUUAUUUUCAGAUUUCAUAUUGCUUUGCUGUCUUUCCUUAUGGAUAAACCUACAUUCACAAGUGAAGAUUGCAUUUACAUUUGCUCA